UUUUAUAAAAUUUUUAGGUAUGUCUUGUGAGUCCCCUAAUUUAUCUGCCACGACUUUCUCUACAACAGACGCGUUUUUCCACUUUGCCACCACUUACAUUGUUGAAUUCACGCUGCACUGUGGAAAUAAUGUUAAGGAUAUGGCUGUUUACGCAGUGGUAAACGGCAAAGUUUACCAGGCAGCAGUAUCAGAAGAAACAUCUAAAUAUCAAAUUUCCUGGCAAUUAGAUCAUGACCAGUCCGGAUCUCAAACAUUUGAAGUCAUGAUUUACGAUGAAGACGGCUAUGCAGCGUACCGUAAGGUAAGUGUACGAUAACA